GUUUGCACUGGUGCAUAACAAAUUCGUAUAGUGGCGUAGUUUUUUUUAAAAUCAAAAAUGGAUGUUUUAGAAGAGCUCAGCGGCACUGAGCUCGAAGAAUUAGCUCAAAUAUAUCAAAACCACAGCCAUGAUUACCCGCAUUUGCACAGUUUUUUGCAGUGCUGCCUCAAAUCGAAAAAACUGCAACUCGACCACGUUCAAGUAUUCUGUCCAAAAAACUGGAGACGAAAUGGUACUUUUGUAGCCUCUAUGCCUCGCCAUGGGCACGACAUUGUGUUGCACAGCCUUGAUCCAAAAGGUACCGAUUUAUUGGAGGCCCUGAAAAAAACUAAAAGGUUUCAAUACACUAGAAACCCCAACAGGAACGUGACAGUUUUUUUUGCAGUGCAUGAGAAUUUUAUUGGGCCAAUUCACAAUCUACUCGUGCAACAAAAAUGCGAAUUAUUGCAGGCAAAUCUAACAAACCUGUGGUGUUUAAGGCAACAGGAGGGAAUUAAAUUUGAGAUCAAUAUAGCUUCUGAAGCUUAUCUCAAAAAAGUAGAAGCAAAAGACGUGCCGCUGAUAAUGAGUUUGUGGGAACAUACUUAUGCGGCUGCAACCCAGAAAAGGCUCAAUUUUAUUAAACUCACCCCCGGUUAUGGGCUUUAUUUAAAAUCUAACCAUCAGCUAGUUGCCUGGGUGACUUCAUCUUGUCUAGGACAAAUUGCCAGUCUUCACACUUUGAAGGAGCACAGAAACAAGGGGUACGGCACCGUCGUACUGAAGGCAAUGAUCAAAUCGUUGGCCGAAAAUGGUUUUGAUGCUUGUGCGACUGUGCAUAUUGGCAAUACAGCCUCCGAAGCCCUGAUGAAAAAGUUGGGAUUCAAAAUUAUAAAUAGGUGUCGGUUUUUCGAUGUUCAUAACAAGAACUGAAUUAUAUUUGAAUAAAUGUCGUUAAAACAGGACUUAGUAAAGCGUGAGUUAUCAAUCCGUAAGCCGAUAACGAGUUUUUGAAAAACAAUUUAUUCACUAAAUUUACAAUACACGGAGUCACUCAUACGCCGUUACACAUGUUUUUUCCAUAGCGAUUUAAGGUAGGUAGUUCACCUGUACAUACAGGUACAGGUGCUUAUAAAGGUGAUCCUUCUAAAUAUGAAUGUCAUAAUUUGAAUUAAUUCUGCACUACUCAGAAUAAAGAUUGUUUGAAAAUAAAAUAUUGCAGGGUGUUCCACUAAGGUCGAAGAGGUACGUUAUUAUGGAAACCAUAGACCUUACGGCAUCGGGAUUUUUU